UUACGAUCAAAGCUAUAAGAUAUAAGGUAUAUCUUUAACCGUGGAGUUUAGUUUUAGUAGCAUAAAUAAAAGUAUCACAGAAUAGAUGUUGUAGUUUACUGUUUACGGUCUAUCGCAUAGAGCAGAAUAACAUAUAAAACAAAGCUAUAGCUUUUAAUAAAAGCCUAAUUACUUCAAUAUUAUUAGGUAUGUAAUAUUGUACUGUAAAACAUUCUUAGUGAAGUGUUGAAGUGUGUUGUACAUAAUUGGGUCCGCCGAUAACUGCAUUGUUUCCAGUCCUGUACUCCUAUGUAUCCAUGUCCCAGACUAUCCAAGUCCGUGGAUCACGAUUUAAUAUAAUAUCUAAAACUAUCUUAAAUCGUGCCGUGGAUAUUAUCUGUGGUUAUCGUUUAUACUAGUUUAUAGCAUUUGUUAUUAGCCAUCAGUGUCCAGACCCUGUUAGUAGUUAAUAUUCUCUUCACUAAUACUAUUACUUGGUAGUAGGUAUAUAGCUUAAUAUAGUAUUUGCUAUAAUAUUAUAGCAUUAUAUAGUUUUAAUUUGCCAUCGAAAAGAGAAAAUUACUUACGAUUUUCUUUUGCCGUGCAAAUAAAUGAAGUUUUUUUUUACAGUCUUAUUAUUUAUUAAUACAGUCGAUUUUUAUUUUCAUUAGGAAUGGCAGCAUUUGAAGAAAUGGGUGUUUUACCAGAAAUCAGUAAAGCUAUUGAAGAAAUGGACUGGUUGUUACCAACAGAUGUUCAAGCAGAAGCAAUACCUUUAAUACUUGGUGGUGGUGACGUUUUAAUGGCUGCGGAAACAGGAAGUGGAAAAACGGGAGCAUUUUGUUUGCCAGUAAUUCAGAUUGUCUGGGAAACAAUUAAGCAGGCCAACUUGGAUAAAAAAAGUAGCAUUUCAAAUGUUUCAAUUAAAACUUCUAGCGUAUCUGAUCCUUGGGCUUUAAGUUUGUGGGAUCGUUCAUCUGCUAUAGCUGUGACACCUGAUGGAAAAAAAUGUCAAUCAAGAGAACCAAAAGAUUGGCAUGGAUGUAGAGCUACAAAAGGUCUAAAAAAUUCUGGAAAAUAUUAUUUUGAAGCAACCGCCACAGAUGAAGGUUUGUGUCGUGUUGGUUGGUCUACAUCUAAUGCUUCAUUAGAUUUAGGAACCGAUAAACUUGGAUUUGGUUAUGGUGCAACAGGAAAAAAGUCAAAUAAUAAACAAUUUGAUUCUUAUGGUGAUAGUUUUGGAUUAUCUGAUACUAUUGGUUGUUGGUUAGAUUUAGAUAACAGCGUUAUUGGGUUCAGCAAAAAUGGUACAUAUCUUGGUGAUGCAUUCAAAAUACCACCAAAUUUAAAAACUUCUGCAUUUUAUCCAGCUGUAGUUUUGAAAAAUGGUGAAAUGUCAUUUAAUUUUGGAGACUCACCAUUCAAACAUUGUGUUCCUAAAGAAUUUGUUGCUGUAUGUACGGCAUCUACUAAUCUCAUUGAAAUCACUCAUAUUAAAGCUUCAAAAAUAGAUUCAAAUACAAAAAAAACAAAUAAUGCACCAUAUGCAAUAAUCAUUGAACCUUCUAGAGAAUUGGCAGAACAAACUUUUAAUGAGAUUAAAAAAUUUAAAACGUAUUUAAAAGAACCUCAAGUUAUGGAUAUGCUAGUAGUUGGUGGUUAUAGUGUUAAAGAUCAAAUUGCUGCUAUAUCUUCGGGGGUUGAUAUUAUAGUUGCUACACCAGGCCGCUUAGAAGAUCUUAUAUCUGGGGGCCAUGUAUCUUUAUCUCAGUGUAGAUUCUAUGUAUUGGAUGAAGCUGAUGGUUUAUUGAAACAAAAUUAUACUAAAUUCAUAUACAAUUUACACAGACAAAUGCCAAAAGUUUCAAAUGAUGGUAAAAGGUUACAAAUGAUUGUUUGCUCUGCAACACUUCACAAUUUUGAAGUAAAAAAAUUGGCAACAUCUCUCAUGAACUUUCCAACUUGGGUGGAUCUUAAAGGUGAAGAUGUUGUUCCAGAGACUGUACAUCAUGUAGUAAUUCCUGUGGAUUCUCAAAAAGACAAAUCAUGGACUUCUUUGAAAAAUCCCAUUCCCACUGAUGGUGUACAUAAUAGAGAUAAUAUAACAGCAUUGAACACACCAGAAGCUUUGUCACAAGGAAUUAAAAUAUUAAAAGGUGAAUAUUGUGUUAGAGCCAUUAAUAAACAUAAAAUGGAUAAAGCUAUUAUAUUUUGCCGCACUAAAGUUGAUUGUGACAAUUUAGAACAAUAUUUUAAACAGCUUGGUUCUUUGUAUUCUUGUUGUACACUUCAUGGUUCACGAAAUGUCAACGACCGUAGAAUGAAUUUAGAAAAGUUUAAAAAUGGUACUAUUAAGUUUUUAAUUUGUACUGAUGUGGCUGCCCGUGGUAUCGAUGUCAAUGGUUUACCAUUUAUGAUUAAUAUGACUUUAUCUGAUGAUAAAACUAAUUAUGUACACAGAAUUGGCCGGGUGGGUCGAGCCGAACAAAUGGGUUUAGCUAUUUCAUUUGUUGCAUCUGUUCCAGAAAAAGUUUGGUAUCAUGGUCAAUGGUGUUCUUCAGGUGGGAAAUCAUGUUCAAAUACUAAAUUAACAACUAAUGGAGGCUGUUGUAUAUGGUAUAAUGAGCCUCAAUAUUUGGCUGAUAUUGAAGAUCACUUGAAUAUCACUAUACAACAAGUUGGAUCAGAUAUAGAUAUUCCUAUGAAUGAAUUUGAUGGAAAAGUAGUGUAUGGUCAAAAAAAGGAGAAGAUUGGCCCUACUUCUAAAAAUCACUAUGAUCAGCUGUUAUGUACAUUAAAUGAACUUACAAAAUUAGAAACUAAAGCACAAUACAUGUAUUUGGACAUGCUAAAUAAUUAACUAUAACAUUUUAUACAGCAUAAGUAUUCUUAAGGAAAAAAUAUUAAAAAUAAUAUUUAAGAAUAAAAAAAAGUUUUUGAUUCACUACUAAAUCUUUGACUUAUUUUAUUUGCUAUUUGUAUACACAACAGUAUUACUAUGUGUAAAAAUAAUAAAAUCAAUUAAAAGCCAUCAUCGCGUUUCAUGCCAGUUCCAACAGGUCCAUGACGUCUUUCCCACAACAUACGAUUCAGUUGUUUAGCAUAACACCUCUCCGCAGUAACAGCUACACCCAAAUCACCAUCUGAAAAAUAAAUUCCAUAUUUAAUUUGUUUUCUUUAAAUAAUAUCUAUUUAAUCUAAUUUAUAAUAUUUACUAACAUUUGAUUGUGAAAUUUUCUUCUGCUUUUUCAUAUAUGUCAUACAAAGGUUUACAUUUCCUCAUACCAUCUGGUCCUUCAUAAAUACGACAAUCUUCAUACCGUUGUCUUAAGAUUGAUAGAAUAUUGCUGUCUACAAGUCUAU